AUGUCUGAUUCGAUUUUGCACCUUGCUAGACAAGGAACUUCUGCCGUUCCCGGUGCUCCCACCAUUUCCUCGCCCUCGAAUGUGGUUGUUCAUGCCCAGGCUCUGUUCCAGAUCCUCGACCAUUCAUUGCGUAGAAACGCUGGCCAACAACGAGUCAUUGGUACUCUUUUAGGAGUCCGUUCCGAGGAUGGACUCGAGGUCGAAAUCAAGAGCGCUUACGGAGUUCCUCACGACGAGACUGAGGAUCAAGUUAUUGUCGCUAUGGACCACAACCGAACCAUGUACCAGCUACAUCGCAAAGCCAACCCCAAGGACGUCAUUCUCGGUUGGUACGCUACUUCCAACGAAUUAAAUAACUUAUCAGGACUUGUACAAGACUUUUACUCGCAACAAUCCAGCGGCACUUAUCCAUAUCCCGCAGUCCAUCUCACAGUUGAGACCGGAUCAGCCUCGAGCGACAUCGACAUCAGAACAUAUAUUUCCUCGCCCGUGGGUGUAAUUGGAGAAGACAAGACUUCGUCUGGCAACUGUAUUUUUGUGCCAGUGCCAAAUGAGGUGCGAUACUCGGAAGUUGAGAAGAGCGCUCUUAGCGUUUUAUCCCAAGCCAAGGACGACGAGAACAGAAGCGCCCCACUUGUCAGCGAUAUGAAGGCUCUCGAGGACUCGAUUGUCGAGGUCAUUGACAUGUUGCAAAGAGUCAGCGCAUACGUCAACGGCAUCAUUACCGGCAAUACUCCUGCCAACGUGGCCAUCGGCAAGUAUCUGCUUAAGAGCCUCUCGUUGGUGCCAUCGCUGUCUGCCGAGACCCUCGAGAAACUGUUCAACUCGCAUCUCCAGGACGUUCUCAUGGUGGUCUACCUUGCCAACACUGUCAAGACCCAGCUCCAAUUGUCCAGCAGACUUACUCCUCUCGUGUAA